AGUUGUAUUCUGCCAAUAGUCAUUACUAUGGGAUGCACUUCCUCUAAGAAUGCAUCGUCUCCAACGGUCCUGCCCAGCACUGCUGGACCGAGAGCUAUGCGAUCAAUAUCGCCCGAGAGUCGGUCCGCUAUCGAAGUUAUGGGGUGGUCUUCGAACCCUAGAUGGAUCGCUUCGAAGAAAAUGGAUUUGACGGCGAACAUAGCGAACUUAGGAGCAGAUGGGGACUCUGGUGCCGUACUGGACUCUAAGAAGAAGCCUAUCAUGCUCAUGCUCAAGUUCGGAGAAAACGCUCAGAUAUUAGACUGUUCGACUGGGCUGCUUUUGCUGUCGACAAUUCAUCGAAGGGAUGACAAUGUAGUACUGACGACUCCUGAGAAUGAGGAGUUGGCCAACAUAGUGCAGCAUAGGAGCGUUCUUGGCAAGACGCGCGCUGAAUGUUCCAUCACAGGUCUGAUUUUCGUUGCGGAUUCUAAUAGUAGUAUAGUAAUCUCCCACCCGAGCCGGGGAGAGGUAGCGAGAGUACAAUGGGAUAAGAACAACUAUGACGGUCAUCACUUCACGAUCGAUACUGGUGUGGAUAUGCUCACCAUCGUUGGAUGCAUUCUGGGAGGCGUCCUCCAGUUUGACAGUUGGGGCUCUAAAGGGACGCUUAGUUUCCGACGGAAGAGCCCGUCUCCUCCACUACGCAACGCCGCUUCUGCAUCAUCAUCAUCAGCAUGAUGACCUGUUACAUAUAAUUCGCAAGUACAGCAUCGCUCGAGCGCAUCCCAGAGAAAGUUGUUUCGAUGUUGGAUGCAAUUUUGUCGAUACGCAUUCUUUUCGAGUACCACACCUCGGCUUCAUCCUAGCACCACUCGCCAUUCGUUAACAUGUUUGCUACGUUCCGGUUUUUCAGAGGUCUACUAUGCACUAUUAUACUGUACACUUUAUGGAAUUUUAGUUCUUCUGUGGAGUUUUGAUCGCGCCUUUUACUCUCAUGCUGGCUCGGACUACCAGUGUGAUAUAAGUAGUAAAAGGAGACUCUGAGAUACCGCUC